AAUCAACGAAAUAUACAAUUUACAAAAAAUUUUCCAUAAACAACCUGCAAAAAAAAAACAACGCAGUUCAAGUGCCACUUCAAAAAUCUAAAUUUCUACUUUAAAAACAAAAAACAAUGAAAGGCAUUUCAAUGCUUACAAACUAACAAAAAGCAGAAACUUGUUGAAAAACUACUUGGAUACUUGAGGCCGCAAAGAUAAAGCCCAAAGCGCCUGGGGCUUUCUUCUGUUUAACCCACAGUUCCAACGGAAUGUGAAGAGCCCCUCCAAUAUAAUGCCCACGGAAAGCUCAUCCAGCGAGAUCUCCGGCGGAGGAGGAGGCGGUGGAGCGAUACCCAUGCUGCGACCUUCCCGGAUGGAUCAGUUCAUGACCUCGAUGGCGGCGGCAGCGGCGGCGGUGGGUGGUGCUGUGGAUCGGAACGGAUCCGGGGGAUCGGAUGGCGGCUCCCAGAAUGGCAACGGCGAUUCGCGCAACUCUUCGGCCAGCCGGAUCUCGGCGUAUGAAACACAGCUGGCCUAUCAGCAGCACCUGGCGGGACUCCAUGGACCUCCACCGCCGGCACCACCGUCGCACCACCGCGAGAUUUCCGCCUUUGUGCCGGUCCUGCCCACCGGAAAGGUUCGUCCCGGCAGUAAUUCCAACUACGAGAUCAUUGCCAUGAUGGCGGACAAGCGGAAGGAACUGGCCCUUAGAGAAGCCGCGGCGGCAGCGGCCAUGUUGGGCAGGGGUCCUGGAGGACCAGGAGGACCAGGGGUGCCACCCCCAGGAGUGCUAUACGGACCGGCCGGCGUCCCACCUCCGCCAUAUCUCACCGGACCCGGUCCUUCGCCCACGGGAGCCGGGAGCUUUCCCUUUCCCCCAGGAGCCGCCGCCGCCGCAGCUCUCUUCCCACCUGGUCUGGGUCCUGGAAUGCAUGCAGGACUCGAUAGACGUCUGCUGAGAGCUCCUGGUCGCGCCUCCCGGCCCAAAAAGCAGUUCAUCUGCAAGUUCUGCAAUCGACAGUUCACCAAGUCGUACAAUCUGCUCAUCCACGAAAGGACACACACGGACGAGCGGCCCUAUUCCUGUGAUAUCUGCGGCAAGGCGUUCCGGCGACAGGAUCACCUCAGGGAUCACAGGUAUAUCCACUCCAAGGAGAAACCCUUCAAAUGCACGGAAUGCGGCAAGGGCUUCUGCCAGUCGAGGACCUUGGCUGUCCACAAGAUCCUGCACAUGGAGGAAUCGCCACACAAGUGCCCCGUCUGCAGUCGUUCGUUCAAUCAGCGCUCCAACCUGAAAACCCAUCUGCUCACCCACACGGAUCACAAACCCUAUGAGUGUUCCUCGUGCGGCAAGGUCUUCCGCCGGAAUUGCGACCUGAGACGUCAUGCCCUGACCCAUGCAGUGGGCGAGGUCAAUUCCGGGGACUAUGUGGAUGUGGGCGAGGAGGAUGAGGCCAGGAAUCUGAGUGGCGACGAGGAGGACUCCCUGCUGGAGGUGGACUCGCCCCGCCAGUCACCGGUUCACAAUCUAGGCGAUUCGGCUGGUCCUGGCGAGAAAUCCGAGUCGGAAAGAAUGAGACUUAAGCGCAAGGCAGCCAUUGACCAGGAGGAGAGUGAAGAGGAGUUCGAUGACUUCGACGAAGAGGAGGAGCUGCAGGAUCUGCCCAGAGUUCAUGAUUUGGCCCGGGAGGAGGAGGAGGACUUUGAUCCUGAGGACGAGGAGCAGGCGGAGGUGGCACUGGUGGCUCGCUUCCAGGCGAGUAAAGCUGCAUCCUCCACCCUGCCAUGCCCUCCAGUGGGUUUGGUGACCAAGCCGGAGCGUCAGGGAGUGACCCACUGUCAUCAUGAGGGUGGUGAAACCUACACAAUGCGGCCACAUGGCGAGAAGCAUCUGGAAGAUCCUGGGAACUCCGGAAUUACCAGCCUACCAGUUCCACCUUCAUUUGUGAGAUAUCCGGCAGCUGCACCACCACCGGGGGCACCACCACCCCCACCGCCGACCCACCCACACCAGGGACAUUCCAUCGCAUUGCUCCCACCCAACGGAGAUCCCUACUUACCCAUCCUCCACGUCCGACGCGACUUGCACCACAAGAGCCUGAACCUUUCGAAGGGUGCCCCACCGCCGCCGCACACACCACCCACCAUAAUAACCCAACCGGAAUCAGGCAAGCCGCCCAAUCAACCUUUGCACUCACCGCAUGAAGCUAUGCCCAGCUUUCUGGGUUCGAUCCCGAUGAGGAAGAGGAUUCUGCCGGCACCGACCCUGGACUUGAUGGAUCCGCACCACCAUCCUGGCUUGGGUCCGAGGACCUUCGUGGAUAAUCCCAGUAUUUACGCUCUGAAUAUGUCGCGACAUCCACCGAGGCAACUUUUGGGAAAGCCACCGAGCACAGAAACUAGUGGAGCCACCACCGAAAAGGGACCACCUGUGGCAGCACCACCGAUAGCACCACCACCUGCACCACCCAGAAGAACUGGAUUCAGCAUUGAGGAUAUAAUGAGACGUUAAAAAUAAUAUGCAUAAUAACAAUUGCUAUAAUAGUUGGUGAAAACGAAAUUGAGGUACUUGAAAUCAUUGGGUAAGGUUUCUAAAAGAUUGCAAUGCAUACUUUUAGGUGGCUUUACAAGAGAUUUCAAAACACCAGGGAUAAUAAAUAACCAUUCAAUGUAUAGAUCUAGUUUUGAAACUCUGAUCUUGUAUAAUUUGUCAAAAGUAUAAAACAUCAAUACAGUUUUCGCCAAUUCAAUCAAUGACAAAAACAACUGUUCCCAAUGGCCAAACGAUAGGAAAUCCCCUACUUGGACCUAAAAGUACAUUAAAAUUAAUUUAGAGCUACGUUUUAAUACAUUUUAGUACAAUGUCUAGGCAAGGCAAUAAACCUAAACUAAGUUAUUAAAGCACUUACACCCCUAAGCGAUAAUUGUAAGCGAAAAGAAACUCUGUUGUUGCAUUUUAUAGAGCCCUUAUGUGCUAGGAACUUAGCUUAAAUCUGCCCAUUUAGGUGUUUAAGCCUGUAGUACGAGAGUCUAUCGAUUAGUUUUUUAUGUGUGGCCGCCCCAACACUAAGUGUUGCUUUCUGAGUGAAUUCCAAUUUUUUAUUUAUGUUUCCUUAUCCGGUAAGCUAAUCUUAAUGAGUAAACAAAAUCGUAAAUCGGUUUUGCUGUAGGGAAAAAAAUGGUUGAAAGUAAAAGUUAGUGUAAAACAGAGCAUAAGCGCAAUCAAACUACAAGCAACAUUCCAGUUGAACCUUAUGUAAUUAGGCCUAGUUUCUAAAAGUUUUAUAGUAGUUAUUGUAAGCAGCCCACUAGAAUUCAAUGGUCUUCCUUCAAUUUUAAAUGAUUUUAUUCAAACCAUAGCGAGUUAGUUUAUUUCAAAUAAAGUUUGCAUUAAUAUUGAAA